AUGUCUUCGUGUCACCUGCGCUUCGGGCGACAUUUCGCCACAAAAGACUUGAAUAAGAAUAAAGAGCUCCUAUCAACCAUGGCGUUCCGUCGCGAGGUGUCGCCGCUGGACAAGAUGAUACUCAAGUUCAUCUCCAAGGCGCCACGGCAAGUGGACAUCAUCGUCAAUGAGAAGACGUUAGAGCGCGCACACCGCAUCGGGAAGCCGUCCAAGUCGCGCACGCAUAAGGCUAAGCAAGAGGUCAUUCGAGCGCUAUUGCGCGGCGGAAGGCUGGGCGACGACACACUGCCUCAAAGCUUCUUCCAUUCAAGCAUGACGCGGGUCGAGAUCAUCGGUGCGAAGAUAUCGACGGUCUUUGUGGAGAUGCUGUCCAAGACGUGCCCCAAGCUGCACUCGGUUAACUUCUCGGGGUGUUUCCGACUCACGGAUGACGCAAUUGAGUUGCUGCUCAAGAACUGUCCAGAGAUCAAGGAGCUGAACAUUGAGAACUGCCGCAAAUUGACGGACUUGUCGCUGGAUCAUCUGCGUAAACUCGCUCCGAAGUUGCAGAGCAUUGAUGUCGGUGGCAACUUCAACAUGACGAUUUCUGGCAUUACGAAGCUGAUCGAAAAGCACCCGAACCACUCCAAGUUCACGAAAGUCCAUAUUUCUGGUCAUGCUGCGACGGACCAAACGAUUAAGACCAUCAUGGCCAAGUGUCGGAAGCUGCACAGUUUAAGCGUCGGCUAUUGCGCCAUCACCGAUGAAGCUUUGAUUGCGCUGCUGAAGAAACGCGAAUCUGUAUCGCGUCUGUGUCUGCAUUGGAAUGUCGCCAUCACGCGAUUGUUGCCGCGAUCCACGCGAAAAUGGGCAUUCGAAACGAGCUGCUAG